AUGAAUAUGGCUCCAAAGCAGUUUAUCCAACCACAAGCUAUCAAUCCGACGUUUCCAACACAAUCAUCGCAAAUGCCAAAUCUAAUGCCGAUGACAGCCAACACAGCACCAGGAUUUCAACAUAAUUUGGGUCAACCAGGGAUGCCACCUGGCCCACAACCUCCACAAAAUCAGACCAUGCCUCAAGUGUCAAUGCCAAAUCCAGCUCCACAAACUGCUCAAUAUGGUGCCCAACCCAGCUAUCCAAAUGUGUCGGCUGCUCAACCAAUUUCGGGAACUUCGUCACCGUUUCAACCCGUUGUACCGACUCAAAGUGGACACCCGAGCGUAGCACCUGGUUUCUCGAAUGUUCCUACAUCUGGAGCGCCAAAUAUGGGGCCAUCAAUGGGCCCGCCAAGACCACCGAAUAUGACUCCGACUUCGAACUUUUCCGGCAUGCCAGCUCCUCAUGGAAUGCAACCACCUGGCCCACCUGGAAUGAUGGCUUCAUCUGGCGCUCCAAGUAUGCCCGGAAUGGCACCACCCGGAAUGCCCGGAAUGGCACAACCUGGAAUGCCUGGAAUGCCCGGAAUGGGACCACCUGGAAUGCCUGGAAUGGCACCACCCGGAAUGCCUGGAAUGGCACAACCUGGAAUGCCUGGAAUGGGACCACCUGGAAUGGCACAACCCGGAAUGCCUGGAAUGGGACCACCUGGAAUGACACAACCCGGAAUGCCUGGAAUGGGACCACCUGGAAUGCCUGGAAUGGCACCACCAGGAAUGCCUGGCGCAGCUGCACCAUACCCUGGUGCUCCUGGAGCGGGGGCAUAUCCCGGUGGAAUGCCUCAACAACCACAACAAAAACUCAACGCGAAAUUGAUGCCAAGUGCGGUCCAAGUGAGAGAAGAAGACGCUGUGCGUGCCGGGCUAUUUCCUACUGGUUUUCCACAUGCUGAGCAUCCACCACUAGUUACAACUGAGUUCUACGCGCAAGAUCAAGGAAAUGUGAAUCCACGUUUCAUGCGAUCAACGAUGUAUGUAGCUCCUCAAUCUGGUGACAUCCUCAAGCAUUCUCAACUGCCUCUUGCCGUUGCAAUUUCUCCGUUUGCUGCGUUAGAUGAACGCGAAAGACCACCUCCAGUCGUUGAUCUUGGACCUCAAGGACCCAUUCGUUGUCAACGUUGUAAAGCAUACAUGUGCCCGUUUAUGGAAUUCCAAGAUGGUGGACGUCGUUUCCGUUGUCCUUAUUGUCACGCCACCACUCCAGUCGAAGACGCGUAUUUUGCCCAUCUCGAUCACACAGGACGAAGAACUGACAUUGAAUAUCGACCAGAAUUGUUAUGUGGUGCUUAUGAAUUUGUCGCUACUAAACAGUAUUGCAAGAACGGAAUUGCUCCAAAAGAACCGGCUUUCAUUUUUAUGAUUGAUGUGUCAUACAAUUCUGUGACAAGCGGAAUGUUGCAAGUUUUGUGCAAAAAUCUCGAAGCAACUUUGAUGCGUCUACCCAAAGAGCACAGUCAGCAAUCUUCAAGCAUUCGAGUUGGAAUUGCGACAUUUGAUCAAGCUAUUCACUUCUUUGAUUUGAGCAGCAACACACCAAAUAUGAUGGUAGUCGGAGAUAUCUCGGAAGUUUUUGUCCCAUGUGUCGAUGGACUACUUGUUCCUUUUGAAGAAGGUUUUCACGCAAUUCGAGCCGUUUUGGAGGAGAUCCCGAAAUUAUAUGCACACACUCGAGUGACCGAGGGAAUUUUGGGACCAGCCGUACAAGCAGGACUUGAUGCACUUAAGUGUGCUGAUCGAGCUGGAAAAAUUUUCAUUUUUUCAACUUCAUUGCCAACUCUGGAAGCACCGGGAAAACUAAAGAAUCGAGAUGACCGAAAGCUACUUGGAACCGAGAAAGAAAAGGCUGUGCUAUUACCACAGUGCGAGUUUUACACCAAAUUGGGCGAGCAAUGUGUCAAGGGUGGCUGCACAGUUGACGUUUUCCUAUUUCCAAAUUCGUACAUUGACGUGGCGACAAUUGGCCAGUUGACGGCUGUAACAGGAGGAUCCCUCUACAAAUAUCAAUACUUUGAUGCUCAAAAGGAUAGUCAACGCUUUUUGUCCGAUUUGUCACACGAUGUCUCCAGGCAAAUUGCUUUCGAUUGUAUGGUUCGAGUGCGGAGUAGUGCUGGAAUUCGUCCUGUAAAAUUCUACGGGUCAUUCUUCAUGGAGAACACAACGGAUAUGGAAAUUGCUUCAAUCGAUCAGGACAAAGCUUUCUUCGUUGAACUGAAACACGAUGACAAACUUUCCGACCCGCUAGCUGUUAUUCAAGCGGCUGUUCUCUACACAUCUGUUUCUGGUCAACGACGACUACGAAUUCUAAAUAUGUGCCUUCCUGUAACAACCGACUACAAUCACAUUUUCCGAGUCGCUGAUCAAGAUGUUCUCGCAACUUAUCUGUUUAAGAAUGGUGUUGAGAUUAACAGAGAAAAGGGACAAAAGGAAGUACGUGAACAGCUGACGAAUCGAGUAGCAAAGAUAUUGGCAGCUUAUCGAGAAAAAUGUUCAUCUGAAGCCGCUUUGGGACAACUCAUCCUUCCCGAAACACUCAAGGUUCUUCCAUGUUUGGUUAACUCGAUUCUCAAGCACGAUGCCAUUGCUGCAGGCAGCGAAAUGACGGUGGAUGACAAAGCUUGGUUGAUCGAAGCCGUACGAGGAAUGAAAGUUGAAGAUGCCGUGCAGCUUUUAUAUCCAAGAAUGGUCGCAGUUUCUCAGCUUGUGAUUGAUGAUCCCGCCGAAAUUGUCACUUUACCACCUCAAGUGCGGGCUUCAAUUGAGUUCAUGGAAAAUGAUAAGGCCUACGUGAUCGACACUGGUAUAUGUCUUUUUAUCUGGAUUGGCCUUGGCGUGGCAGCUGAAUGGGUUCAAGAAGUCUUUGGUGCACAAGCUGUUACCAUGAUUGAUACAGAAAACCACGUUAUUCCCGAAAAGGACAACACUCGAUCGCGAGCUCUACGUCGAAUCAUUGAAUUGGUGAAUAAGGGAAGCUCUCGAAGCCGGAAGUUAUUCAUCAUUCGUGAGAAGGAUGCGUUGGAGGGUUGGAUGAAGAAGUUCCUCGUUGAGGAUAAACCGGGUGGUUCGUCGGGAAUGUCGUACGUGGACUAUCUCUGCCUCGUUCAUCGGGAGAUUCGCAAUCUUCUAUCC